CUCAUCCCUUCUCUCUUCUUACGAAUCACUGGCUUCAAUCGACCUCAACACAUGGAGCACACUCAAUAAGUUGAGCAGAGAAGUGAAAGAAUCUUGGUUGGUAGCUAAGUUUGGGUUUGUACUUGUGAAUGAGGUGUGCCUUUUACUGCGUUCUAUCUCUGGCAAUGUUACUGAUUCCGAAAAAAAAAGUAUCUUGUGUAACUGUGACCUCUCUCUACCUGGUGUCCAACAGGAAAGUAUAGAAAUGGUGGCUGAAUUUGUCGAUAACCACUGCCCACACCUUGUACGAUUUACUCCGAAUAACUACCCUCCAUUGUUGACUCCACCCACAAACACCUGUUUUGACUGUGACCGACCAUUGGUGUCUAAUCAUUCUUGCCAUAUAAAGUGUUACUCUCUGAAUGGUUUUGUCAGAGGAAGAAAGUGUACGCUAAGGUGUAAAGCUUGCAACAUAACUUAUAACUAUGCUCACUUUGGAAACAAGUCUGAGAAUGGAUUCCGUAUGUACUCCCAAACUCAAACAUAUGUUGAAGUGUCUGACACCGUUUAUUUUUCAAGGGAUUUGUUGGAGUGGCAGUGUAGCCUUGCUAAUCACUCUUGGGUUUCCUUUCAAGGGUUUGCUGAAAGUUACAAUACUGCUUUAGAGAUACCACCAGAUGAAGAGCUUAGUCCCUAUAUUGUUGGGGAAGCCUUCUAUAAUGGAGAAGUGGAGAAUGAGUUGAGACGAGUCAAUAAGAUCGACUAUCGUUUCCAUAAAGACAGUGAGAGAGAGGAGUGUAUGGAAAGGAUUGAAGAAGUAAGGCGGCAAUCUAUAUACCACCACAAAGAAGACACGUGUACUGCUGAAUGCAAGAAAAGAGGUUGUGGUCAACUGUGGGUUACAGAUGGAAUUUGGAAGACUGUUUUCCCACACUGCAUGUUCAAAGUUGAGCAAAUCAGUGAUGGAAUUCCAGCUCUCAAUUUACCUGAUGUGUGUACAAACUCCCCAAUUCGCAAUAAGGCGUUUUGCGAGGAACACUGUCUUUUGCUACAGAAUGAAGCUCCUGAUGUACCUAUUGAUCUGAGACAGUUUCUCAAAUAUUGUGGUGCUCAAGCAGUUGAAAAUGAAGAGGAGUGUGAGGGUGACACUGAUACUGUUGAUGCAGUUGUGAACUCUAUUAAAGUCAAUACAAACCAAUUUGGAACAUCUGCUACCACCUCACAAGUGCAAAAGAAGCGUCCUGUUUCGGUAUCACUGACAAAAUUGUAUGAAAGAAUUGGAGUAAGUCCUGCCAGAUUGAGUGGCCAUGCACGCAGAAAAGCAACAUCUACUACAGUUGUGGUAAGAAGGAACCUGUUAACAGAAUUGGCCAAAGUGAAGUUGGGCGUUAAAAAAGACAACAGUAAAUGUCUCGCUGAAUUCAAAGCAACUGGCAAGCAAAACAAAUCAAAUUAUGCUGCCAAGAACAGAAGCAAAACCAAAAUUGCUAGUAAACCACGAUCGCCUGCAAAUACCAGAAGCAAAACAAAACCUGCUAGUCAACCACAAUCUGCCAAGAUAUUGUCUACCAAUGGUGCCAAAAGAAAAAAGAACUGUGCUAAUAAACCGCAAGGCAAAUCUGCUGUACAAGUUGCAAUUGUAGGAGAAGACAAGGAGCAAUGCCCUAAGUAUGUAUGCGUAUACAAGAGAGUGCCUCGUGCUUCAACCAUGAUUGCUUGUCACACAUGUGACCAAUGGUUCCACAUCAAGUGCGUAUCGUUAUCACAAAAAGAAGCUGGGAAGAUAGCACAGUGGCAUUGCAGCAAAUGCAUGUAGCUAACACUUAAUUUUGCCUGCAUGAACUCAAUCUAUAAUAACAGUUAUUGUAUCUAUUAUUUAGGUAUAUAAUAAUAUUAUAGUGUUUUGUGUGCUAGUAUAUAGCAUGUUGUUUUAUGUAUUAUGUAUAUACAAUCGAAAUGA